AUGAAUAAAGUUUUCAAAUUGAUCCGAUUUCGAUCAGACCAAAUUGAAUGCAAGACAAAUGAUGGAAGUAAACUAAUCGGAUGUAAGUACACAAAAAAAUCCGACCCAAAUCGGUCCCUUGUCAUUCCCAAUAUUGGGGAAUCUGUGUUGACUAGAGAGCCUCCCAAAGACAGCCACAGAGUUGGUAGGCUACUUGACAAAACCAUGGGUGUACGUUACCCACCAAAACAAACAUGCAAAACAGUGGCCUCUACCUCUCUCGUCCUUUCUCACUCUCCUGCAAUGGCUUCCAAUGGCGCGAACGACAAGUCACUGAUCGUCAGUUUCGGGGAGAUGCUAAUAGACUUCGUCCCGACUGCCUCCGGUGUCUCCCUCGCUGAAGCUCCCGGAUUUUUGAAAGCACCGGGUGGUGCUCCGGCGAACGUGGCGAUCGCGGUGGCGAGACUAGGAGGAAAGGCGGCGUUUGUUGGAAAACUUGGUGACGAUGAGUUCGGUCACAUGCUCGCCGGAAUUUUGAAGGAAAACAACGUGAUAGCUACCGGUAUUAACUUUGACACGGGUGCUAGGACCGCUCUAGCGUUUGUUACUCUACGCGCUGAUGGAGAGCGUGAGUUCAUGUUUUAUAGGAAUCCAAGUGCUGAUAUGUUACUAAAGCCAGAAGAGUUAAAUCUCGAGUUAAUUAGAUCUGCUAAGGUUUUCCACUAUGGAUCAAUAAGUUUGAUUGUGGAGCCAUGUAGAUCAGCACAUCUAGAGGCAAUGAAGGAGGCAAAGAAAGCAGGUGCACUACUUUCCUAUGACCCAAAUUUGAGGCUGCCAUUGUGGCCAUCUGCAGAGGAGGCGCGUGAGCAGAUAUUGAGCAUUUGGGACGAGGCAGAUUUGGUCAAAGUGAGUGAUGUUGAGCUUGAGUUCCUCACUGGAAGUGAUAAAAUUGAUGAUGAAUCUGCUUUGACACUUUGGCGUCCUAACUUUAAGUUGCUCUUGGUCACCCUUGGUGAAAAUGGAUGCAAAUAUUACACCAAGAAUUUCCACGGAUCGGUUGAUGCUUUCCAUGUCGAGACUGUUGAUACAACAGGUGCUGGUGAUUCUUUCAUUGGUGCACUCCUUACCAAGCUUGUCGACGACCAAUCCGUGCUCGAGGACGAAGCAAGGUUGAGGGAGAUACUUAGAUUUGCAAAUGCAUGUGGAGCCAUUACAACCACCAAAAAGGGGGCAAUCCCUGCUCUUCCAACUCCAGCCGAGGCCCUCAAACUGUUGAACGCAAAAAAAUAG